GUCUGCCUAUCGCCUGAUUCACAGCAGUGUGUGCUUGAACAACCCUCAUGCCAAACUGCAAGACCUUGAGAUCAAGGAUUUGUCGAUUGUGACCAUCAUGAAGGAGCGUUCGCGAGAUUACACGCGUGUUGAAGAUGCAAAGGUGAUGAAAUGUCAGCAGUAUCCAAACGGCCUCGUUUUUUAUCAGGGCAGACUUCUUGUGGCCCACUACUUUGGAGAGUUACAGGUGUAUGACUCUGACUUCAACCUUCUCCACACGAGCAAGCUGCCAAGUACGGGAAGCCCUGCGCAGAUUUGCAUUGCAGGAGAUGGCUGCCUGGUGAUUGCCCACCGCGACAGCUGUGUUGCUGUGCUGGAGCCCAAAAAGGAUGGUGAGAGUGAUGAGAGACGCAAAGCUGCAAGAAUUGUUGGCGGAGGGAAGAUUCAACAGAGAUCAGCUGCAAAAUGCAUGGAGGACGCGGAGGGGGCCCUUCAAUGGCAGCCAAACUUCUCCUUGAAGUCAACGAUCAAAUGUGCACCGCAAGGCGUCGCCGUCAGUGGAGAUCUUGUUUUUGUGACGACGCGUUCCGGCUAUUUGAGUACCUUCCGUCUCAGUGAUGGACAACGAGUGGAUCACCGAAAAGGAGGUUCUGAAUGGGAUUUGUUGAAUCCGCAGGGCCUGUGUGUGAUUGAAGACAAGCUCUUGGCCGUAGCUGAUCGUGGAGCAGACCGAGUUCUUAUCUUGGAGAUCGAGAGCAUGAAGUGCAUCGGACAAUUGCCCCCAUAUGAGGUGUGGCCGGGCCCUGGAACUAGGGCAGCCAGAUUGAAAAAGAGAGCCUUGGAGCCUGAGAUGCCGGAGACGGAGAUGCUACUCAAAUAUCCCAACGACGUGGCUCUGGAUGCUGCAGGCAACUUGCUCGUCAUGGACACCAAGAAUGAGCGCGUGGCGGUGUUCCGGCAGGAUGGCUCCUUUGUUGCCAGUGUGAUGAAAGGAACUUUCAAGGCAUAUGGGAGCACCUUCUCCUACGUGGCUUGCAACCAUGAGACUGGAGCGAUUGCUAUUUCAAACAAUGACAAGCAUGAGAAACUUGGCCUCGAGGUUAGAACAUGUUA